UUUUAUUCAAAAAUCGUUUUUAUUUCACCCAAAGACUAGAUGUUCAGCUCCUGUCCAAUGAUGCUUUUCAAACUGGUUAUUUUCCUCAUAUUUUGGGUGCUCAAAGGGAAUCUAGCUGUAGCCCAUCGGAACUACACUCAGUGCGAUUCAGUUGCUGAAAAAUGUGUGUCAUAUCAUGACUGUAUUAAUGCAAGGAAUUUAUUGUAUUUCAAAGUUUGUGCUUUGCGAUCAAUUUGUUGUCCGGUUCCAAAACGACGACAUGCAGACUCACCAUCCUCGAGAGCUUGUCUAAACUACUCAAAGGAUAACACUUUUUGUCCGUCUCAUUUGUUUGUAUCCCAUUCGCAUGAAUCAAUUCGAAAUGAGUUACAAUACAUGGCACAUAUCGCUCAGAGCAACCCAAAUGGCACUUACAAAAUCGGGGAUUGCGGCGGCACCCUGAUACAUAAUAAAUUUGUGCUAACAGCUGCCCACUGUGUCAAUCGUGAACGUAACGUUGGCACGCAAGAGGAAGAUUAUGUGGUGCGCAUAGGAGGUCAUAAUGCCACAGAUGGCGAUAUAUAUGAAGUAGCUAGAAAAAUUCCGCAUCCCGACUAUGAUGGUGAUGUUAUGAACGAUAUUGCCCUAGUGGAGUUGACUACAAAAGUUGUGUUUAACGAUCGAAUUAAGCCUGCCUGCUUACCAACAACUAGUGGAGAUGAGCAUGAUAGUAUGACUGUCUCGGGGUGGGGACGAUAUAGCGCAACUACCCCUAAUGCCCAAUCCCCUGUGUUGCGCAAGGCUGACUUAAAACUGUUUCAAUUUUCCGAGUGCGGCCCGGAAGCGCUAGAGGAAAUGCAUAUUUGCGCUGGUGGAGAUAAACAAACAAGCGAUUCAUGCCAAGGAGACUCGGGCGGACCACUCGCUAUAUGGCAUCCGGAAUGGGGCUCGUGCCUGGGGCAGGUAUUCGGCAUUGUUUCACAUGGAUCGCUGUGUCAUGAACCGUCUCCACGUACCAAGUAUAUUCGGGUCUUUCAUUAUCUUUGGUGGAUUGAGGAUAUUGUAUGGAAUGUCACCAGUGAAAAUACAGACUGAG